ACACGCAUUCGUUCGAUCUUGUCCCAAUCAAGGCGGUUUUUAAUACGCUGUAGCUGCAAUGUCUGAUUUUAACAGUGCAAGUAACCAAAUACGGGCUAUGGAAAAGGAAGUUUUUCUUCUUCGCUCCGAAAUAGAGAACGCUCGCAAAGGGAUCGGGUUAGAGGAGGGUAAUCCGGAGUUGAAAAAGAUGAUGGAAGAAAACAUGAAAUUGCAACAUCGUUUAGCGGUUUUGAAGGCUGCGUGCGAUAAAAUAUGUACUCAAGAGGGUGCAUCUUCAAGCUUGCCCCAAGGAAAUUCCAUCAUUGAGCAGCUUCAGAGUCUGUUCACUUUAGCCAUCCGGAAGGCCUAUCCAAGCGUAACUGUACCCACCGUCAUUACUAAUUCUAAUGUGCCCAAGUUCGGUGACUAUCAGUGCAAUAGCGCGAUGAACAUCGUGCAACAACUGAAACAACAAUCCGUAAAGGCAACACCCCGAGACGUUGCGCAGAAUAUCAAAGAUGCUUUGCCCAGUCCCGUGGCACUGCUGGAAAAGGUCGAAGUCGCUGGGGCAGGUUUCGUCAACGUGUUUAUUUCGAAGCAAUACAUAGAGCAACAAAUAAUGAGUGUUCUGAAGGAUGGCAUUCGGUCCCCGCCCCUCGAUAGAAAACGUGUUAUUGUAGACUUUUCAUCGCCGAAUGUGGCAAAGGAGAUGCACGUUGGUCACUUACGAUCCACCAUUAUAGGCGAUUCAAUUUGCCGUUUUCUAGAGUUUCUUGGGCACGAUGUGCUGCGUAUUAAUCACAUUGGUGACUGGGGCACGCAGUUUGGUAUGCUGAUCGCCCAUCUGCAGGAUCAAUUUCCAAACUUUCAAACUGUAUCUCCACCGAUCGGUGAUUUGCAAGCCUUCUACAAACAGUCGAAGGUACGGUUCGAUAGCGACGCUGUGUUCAAGAAGCGCGCCUACGAGUGCGUGGUAAAGCUUCAAAGUGGAGAACCUAGCUACUUGAAGGCUUGGAAUCUGAUCUGCGACGUGUCACGCAAGGAGUUCCAAACCAUCUACAACCGACUGGAUGUGACGCUAAUUGAACGCGGAGAAUCGUUCUACCAAAGUCGCAUGCAGAGCAUCGUCGAUGAACUUAAGGCAGGAGGGUUUCUGGAAGAGGACGAAGGAAGACUUAUCAUGUGGAGUGAAGAUCGCACCGGCAUUCCACUGACGGUUGUUAAAUCUGACGGUGGGUUCACCUAUGAUACAUCCGAUAUGGCUGCCAUCAAACAGCGUUUGCACGAGGAAAAGGCCGAUUGGCUCAUUUAUGUGACAGAUGCGGGUCAAGCAACCCACUUCCAGACGAUAUUUUCUUGUGCUAAACGAGCAAAAAUAUUGGACACACAUAAGCGUGUGGACCACGUAGGCUUUGGUGUCGUGCUAGGAGAAGAUGGCAAAAAGUUUAAAACCCGGUCUGGCGAUACCGUUAAGCUGGCUGAGCUGCUAGACGAAGGUUUGAAACGUUCGAUGGAUAAAUUGCUUGAAAAGGAACGAAAUCUCGUGCUCACACCAGAGGAACUUCGAGAUGCACAAGAAUCCGUCGCGUACGGGUGCAUCAAAUACGCCGACUUGUCACACAACCGUAACAACGAAUACGUAUUUUCCUUCGAUAAGAUGCUGGAGGACAAAGGCAACACCGCUGUUUAUCUGCUUUAUGCGUAUACGCGCAUCAGGUCGAUUGCUCGUAACUGUGGCGGUGAUUUUGAGAGUAACAUUCAAAAAGUGAUAGAUACUGCGACUGUAAAGCUGGAUCAUGAAAAGGAAUGGAAGCUUGCCAAGGCCCUCUUGCGUUUCACAGAUGUGAUGCUGUUGAUAACCAAAAAUCUAUCCUUGCAUCACCUUUGCGAAUUCGCUUAUGAGAUUUGCACUACAUUUAGUGAAUUUUACGACAGUUGCUACUGCAUUAAAAAGAACAAAGAAGGUAAAAUUGUUGAAGUGUACACCUCAAGGGUCUUGCUGUGUGAGGCGACCGCUAGAACCCUAGGAAAAUGCUUCGACAUUUUGGGCCUGAAACCGAUCAGCAAAAUCUAAGAUUGGUGUCAUGUGAGCAUGGGUUAAGUUGAUUCAUAAAAAAACUUCUAUGAAAAUAGAUGAUCACCCGUUGCUUUGAACAAAGCAUAAAUAUAAAGAUAUC